AACAAGAUAUACCUAAAUUAGCGUACAAAUAAGGCUUAUCUUUUCGUGAUUUUCCGAAUUAUAUCUUUAAGUGCAAUAUACAAGGUGUGCCAAUAAGCAUGGUACAAUCGAAAAAAGUGAUUGAUUCUACUCUUGAAAAAAUAAAUCAAAAAUGUAAAAUAAAAUUUUUUGAUAUGGCACUUCGCUUUCAAUAAAAUCAAAUGUGAAAAUUUGUUUAACAUAUGUAAAUUUGUUUAAUUACCGACGGUAUGAGAAAAUAGAAUUUGAACUUUGAAUCGAUCAAAAGCUUUUAAUUUAUUUGUAAUCCAAGAAAAAGAUAAAAUUUGGAACUUUGAACGUAUUUAGUUAAGAAUUGGUGGAGAACACGCGUACUAGAUAAAUUUUCAAAUGUUAUUUUCUUGGAAACAAAUAAAGCAUCCUAUGAAAAAAUUUUAUUCUACAUUUUUGACCUAUCUUCGCCCGUAAAGUAACCUCCUGUCAACUGUUCAGUUUAUGUGUUCUCUUCAAUACGGAAUUAAACUUCAAGUAUGCUUCUAGGCUUGACAAAUUUUCAAACUCGAUUUUUUCGAAAACGGAGUCAUAUAAACAAAUUGUAUUCUAUAUUUUCGACUUGCUUGUCACGUAGAAUCAUAAAAGUAACAUUUAGAAACAUUCCUUGCCAACUAUAUAACUAUACCUCCUGAUUGUUAGAAUACUUUAUAUAACGAUAUAAAUAAUGUUAAAAAAUAUAUAAGUUAAAUAGAUGUAUAAUAAACAGAAAAAAUGUAAACCUUAUCUUUAAAUAUUUACUCUUUAAAAUUGGUCCACACAUAUACACAAACAAUCUUAUAACACACGGUGAAAGUAGAUAAAUCGUCCUACUUAUAAGUUUAUGAAAGAAAGGCUAAAUUUGCAUUCUUUACAUAGAUGUCUGAUAACUUUUCUUCUUCUUCAAUUUCUAAUACAUAAAGAACUUAUAAUCUUUACUUACUUACGAGUAAAUGAACCGUUAUUUUAUUUAGCUGUAUUCAUUUACGUGUCCUGAAAUUUGUGCUGUCUCGUUUUCGCAGAUUUCUUGAUUCAAAUUUCAUAGAUUUUAGGAAGAAAAUAUGUAGUGAUAUAUAUAUUGACAUAAUUAAGUCAAUACAGAAAUAUAUCAUUAUAUUUACAUAUCAUAAUAUUAGUUAAACAUGUUUGAAUUUAAAUUAACCUAAAAAAAUAUUUUUCUAGUCACCUAAUCUAAAGAUAAUUUGCUAAAAAAUAAUAUAAUAUACGCCAGAAAUUUUGAGGAAAGAACUGGAAAUACAAUAUAUUAACGCCAAUAGUACUUUGUGUUUACGUUUUGUAAUUCAUCUAUUAUAAUUUGAUAAAGUAAAAUAAAUCUACUUUGAUUAACUCAUUUCUAUUAUUGUUAUUACUGAUAAUGGCACAAAUAAAUCAAAGCAUAUGUUUAACAUUACCUAAAAGUAUAACAAAACAAAUUAGUACAUGUGAAAAUAGUGAACAAUAUAUCACGAAUUUUCUACAAAAUGCAUUGCCUUCCUCUGAUAUUGGUUCGGUAGCAGAUGAGUUAAGAAAGUCACUAAUUUUUGCUAAGCAUAAAAAUAAAUGGAACAAGAAAAAACGAUGUCAAGGAAAGUUAUUAACUAGUAGGAAACGAAUGCAGCUUGGUUUACGUAAGAUUAGUUGCAAAAGUGAUAUGAAAUAUACAGCCUUAUUACCAUUAAAUCAGUUAUGGCUAAAUUAUAUGGAACAAGUACUCGGCUCCAAGUUUUUUAAUAAUAUUCCAAAAGAUUCUACAGAUCCAAAUUGGGAAUAUGUUAAUCAACAGUUAAUUAAAGCAGAUUUUCAUGGUGCUGAAAUUUCCAUUGUUGGAUCAAAAUGUCCUAGUUUGGUUGGAUUAAAUGGCAUUGUAGUUCAAGAUACAAAAAAUAUUUUCAGAAUUUGUGGAAGAGAUAAUAUUAUGCGAACAAUACCUAAAGAUAAUGUUAUUAUAAAUAUUUAUUUAAAAAACAUAAAAUUGGAAUUCUUUGGAAAAGAUCUUUCUAUAAGACCUACCGAACGAACAAUAAAAAAGUUUAAAUGUGGACGUAUAUACGAACUAUAGUCUGUUGUAAUUAAUAAAUAAAUCUGUUGUAAUUUUUGUAAAAUUAGAAAUAAACUUCCUUUUUAAUAUGUGUAAAA